CCUUUGCGCGUUGGGUCCAAGGGGGGCGGGCGGCUCAGAAUAGACGCUGAGCUCGUCCUUGAGAGAGACAUGACCGCUCGAAGGUUUGACAUCUUUAAAGACAUCGGUGCGUCGAUCUGACGGGAUGUUGGCCGUUUUUGUCAGAACCGUGCUGCGGCCUGGCGUGGUGAAGCCAUGCCGAAUACUGAGGCCAGUUACACACAUCCAGGAGAGGUCUCUGGUUCACCAGGAGGGUUUACCUAAGUUGCCUGUGCCACCCUUGAAGCAGACGUGUGAUCACUACCUGGCUGCACUGGAACCUAUCGUCAGUGAAGAGGAGCUUGAACACACACGGCAGCUAGUGGAGGAGUUCCUCAAAGGUGGUGUGGGAGACCGCCUGCAGAAACGUCUUGAGCGACGGGCACGAAAGACAGAUAACUGGCUAUCGGAAUGGUGGAUGCAAUCAGCCUAUUUAGACUGUCGGAUGCCGGUGGCUGUCUACACCAGCCCCGGUGUGGUUCUGCCACGCAUGCACUUCCAAGAUCGCCAAGGACAGAUGAGGUUUGCAGCUAAAUUGAUUGCAGGAGUGUUGGAGUUUAAAAAAAUGAUCGACAGUGACACCCUGCCAGUAGAGUACCUGAGCAAGAAGCCUCUUUGUAUGGACCAGUAUUACCAGAUCCUGUCAUCUUGCCGUAUCCCCGGACCAAAGAGAGACACUGUUGUGAAUCACGCGAUGGGCAAAACACCCCCCACUCACAUCACUGUAGUGCAUAACUUCCAGUUUUUUGUCUUGGAUGUAUACAACAGCGACAGAACCCCGCUGACAGUGGAUCAAAUCUACAUGCAACUGGAAAAAAUUUGGAAUACCUCUUUACAGACCAACAAGGAGCCUGUUGGUAUCCUGACGUCACAGCACCGUAACACGUGGGGAAAAGCGUAUAAUAAUCUCAUUAAGGAUAAGACAAAUAAAGAGUCAGUCCGUGCCAUCCAAAAAAGUAUUUUCACUGUAUGCCUGGAUGCUCCGAUGCCUCGUGUGUCAGACGAGCUGUACAAGAGCCGCGUAGCUGCACAGAUGCUGCAUGGGGGUGGGGCUCGCUGGAACAGUGGCAACCGCUGGUUUGACAAGACGUUACAGUUUAUCGUUGGUGAAGACGGUACCUGUGGACUGGUGUACGAACAUGCAGCUUCAGAGGGCCCGCCCAUUGUGUUUCUCAUUGAUUAUGUUGUUAAAUAUAUGCAAAAGACAGAAAUAGUCCGUUCCCCCAUGGUUCCUCUAACAAUGCCUCAGAAACUGCGUUUUAAUAUUACACCCGAAGUCAAGAGAGACAUUGAAAAAGCCAAACAAAAUAUGAACAUAAUGGUACACGACCUGGAUGUGAAUGUUCUUAUAUUCUCUAAUUUUGGAAAAAAUGUGCCAAAGCAACACAAUCUGAGUCCAGAUGCUUUCAUUCAAAUGGCUUUCCAGCUUGCCUAUUUCAGGUUGUAUAACACAUGUUGCGCCACAUAUGAGAGUGCAUCAUUACGAAUGUUUAAAUGCGGAAGGACAGAUGUGAUACGUGUAACGACGAAGGAGUCUUUGGAAUUUGUCCAAGCAAUGCAGGACCCAACUAAACAGAACGCAGAGAGAUUAGCACUAUUGCAGAAGGCUGCUCAGAGACAUGAGGAGAACACAUACAAUGCCAUUCAUGGACAAGCCAUUGACAGACAUCUUCUAGGACUGAGGUUGCAGAGCAUUGAAGAUCUCACAUCAAUGCCUGAGAUAUUUAUGGACACAUCUUUUGCUGUGGCUCACCAUUACAAUCUCCUAACUAGCCAGGUUGGUUCCAAGACCGACUGCGUGAUGUGCUUUGGUCCAAUGGUGCCAGAUGGCUAUGGAGUGUGUUACAAUCCCACGGCUGAGCACAUCAACAUUGCGAUCACAGCUUUCAACAGCUGUGAAGAGACAAAUGCAGCCAAGUAUGCACAGACUGUAAAUGAUGCUCUGUUGGACAUGAGAGCUUUGCUGGAGGACACGGCUACAGCCAAGCAGUGAACCCAGAAACAAGCCUGGAGUGUUUUUAGGGGGGGGGGGGGGUACCGGGCUGUGUGCAAGCUGCAAAUCAACCGGCGCUCAAUGAUAAGGAGCCGCAAUGCACCCAAAAGUCUGGCAGGGCAACUUAUUGUUUGUAAAGUUUCUGAGACGUGUGAGGCAGGACUCUUGAGGAUGACUAUUGAAACAAAACACAAGUCUCUCUGAUAAAAAUGAUAUAUUUUGUUACAUGGUGUUGAAUGUCUAUAUAUAUAUAUAUAAACAUUAUGAACUGAAA